AUGGGUAAAGGAAGCCAAACGAAACUUUCUUCAACAGCUCAAAGUUUUCAUUUGCCAGCAAUUGAAACCCCAGUGAAUUAUUCUAGUUCGAAUAUGAUAGCAAAACAACGAUAUGUAUCAAAACGAAGAGACGACGAUCCUGGCUGGGUUGAAGAAGAACCACAAUAUUAUUUUCUUUUCACAACAUAUUUAUCAUAUUUAGUACUUAUUUGUUUAGGCCAUCUGCGAGAUUUCUUUGGAAAAAGAUUUAAGAGGAAAGAUUAUGAACACUUAAAAGAACAGAAUGGAUAUGCACCAUUAAAUUCGGAUUUUGAUAAUUUUUAUGUUCGUAGAUUAAAAUUGAGAAUCAAUGAUUGUUUUAAUCGACCGGUUACAGGAGUUCCGGGAAGAAAAAUUACACUAUUGGAAAGAGAAACAAAAGACUAUUGUAAGACCUUUCAAUUAACAGGGAAAACGAAAGAUUGUUUAAAUUUAAGUAGUUAUAAUUAUUUAGGAUUUGCUCAAGGCGAAGGUCCUUGUGCUGAUGCAGUUGAGCAAACUGUUUUAAAAUAUGGAAUUACAACGUGUAGUCCUAGAGUUGAAGUUGGUACAUCAGAUUUACAUCAUCAAGUUGAAUCAUUGGUAGCAAGAUUUGUAAGAAAACCGGCAGCAAUGCUUAUUUCAAUGGGAUAUGCUACUAAUAGCACAACCUUACCAACAUUAGUAUCAAAAGGAUGUCUCAUCAUUUCCGAUGAAUUUAAUCAUAGUUCUAUAGUGUUUGGUAGUCGCCUUUCAGGAGCUUUCAUUCGAGUAUUUAAACAUAAUAAUAUGGCAGAUUUGGAGACUUUGUUGAAAGAAUGCAUUAGUCAAGGACAACCACGUACGCAUCGACCAUGGAAAAAAAUACUUUUAGUUGUAGAAGGGUUAUAUUCCAUGGAAGGGAGUAUAUGCAAUCUUCCCAAAAUUAUUGAAUUGAAGAAAAGGUAUAAAUUUUAUUUGUAUGUGGAUGAGGCGCAUAGUAUUGGUGCGUUAGGACCACGUGGAAGGGGAGUAUGUGAUUAUUAUGGAAUAGAUCCUAACGAAGUUGACAUAUUAAUGGGAACAUUUACGAAGUCAUUUGGAGCAGCAGGAGGAUAUAUAGCGGCAAGUCAAGAUAUAAUCGAUCAUUUAAAACUUACGAACCAUGCUUCUAUAUAUGCGGAAUCAAUGACACCGAUUGUGCUUCAACAAGUAUAUACUUCAAUGGCUAUCAUUAUGGGAGAAGAUGGAACAAGUCAAGGACAAGAAAGAUUGGAAAGAUUAGCAUUUAAUGCAAGAUAUUUAAGUACUAAUCUGAGAAGAUUGGGAUUCAUUAUUUAUGGUGAUCGUGAUUCACCUAUUAUCCCCCUUUUAUUAUUUAAUCCUGCCAAAAUUCCGGCAUUUUCUAGAGAAUGUUUAAAGAGAGAUUUGGCAGUUGUAGUUGUUGCAUAUCCAGCUACACCAAUGAUAUCGUCAAGAGCAAGAUUUUGUGUAUCAGCAGCACAUUCAAAACAAGAUCUUAAUGAAAUAUUAAAAAUAUGUAAUGAGAUAGGAGAAAUUUUACAACUUAAAUAUUCAGAUAACAAAGUUCGAUAUACAAUUGAAGAGGUUUUAAGAGAUGGUGAAAAAAAUUUGUAA